AUGCGACUUGACAGCUUGAGAAGCUCCCAUCCCAUCCAGGUGCCCAUCCACCACGCCGAAGAGGUCGAGGAAGUCUUCGAUGCGAUCUCCUACUGCAAAGGCGCCUCUGUGAUCAAGAUGGCGCAUGCAUACCUGGGGGCCGAGGCAUUCCAGAAGGGACUGCAGAAGUACAUGCAGAAGCACAAGUACAGCAACACCGAGACCAACGACCUUUGGGCAGCCUGGAGUGAGGCCAGCGGCCAGCCAGUUAACUCGCUCAUGGCCUCAUGGACGGAGCAAAUGGGCUUCCCCCUCGUCACCGUGAAGAGCUUUACAGGCUCUGAAAUGGAACUGGAGCAGACUUGGUUCUUGGCGGAUGGCUCUGAAGUGAAGCCUGAGGAAGAGAAGGUUUGGAAGAUUCCUCUGAUCCUCAGCUACGGGGGACAGAAGACGAAGCCAACACUGAUGGAGGGAAAGACCCAGAAGAUCGCCACUCCGGCGGCGGAUUAUGUCGUGAUCAAUGCAGGCCGCGACGUGCCGAUGAGGGUGCUGUACACCCCCGAGAUGUAUGCCAAGCUCGGUGCUUCCAUCGGAAAGCUGGAAGUCAGCGAUCGUGCAGGUCUCGUCCUAGAUUCCUUCGCCCUGGCCAAAGCCGGCAAGCUCGGCGCCGAUUCUGUCUUCCGCCUUAUCGCAUCCUUCAAGCAGGAGAAGAGCUACAUUGUUUGGGACGCGAUUUCGCAGGUCCUGAACGGCUUCGACGGCGUGCUUAUGGCCGGAGUCACAGACGCCGUCUACCAGGCUUUCAAGAGCUUCGUGGGCAAGCUCAUCGCCGAGCCCGCGAAGCAGGUGGGAUGGGAGAAAAAGUCUUCUGAUGGCCACCUGGACGGGCUGAUGAGAGAGACGAUGAUCAGCCUGCAGGCCAAGUAUUCCACGGAGGCUGAUGCCGUGGCUGAAGCUCGAAGGCGUUUCGAGGCAUUCUUGGCAGGUGAUUCCUCGCUCCUGCCCGACGACAUCAAAGAGCCAGUCUUCAAGAUGGUCUUGAAAACCGGCGGCCAGAAGGAGUACAAGGCGCUCCGGGAGGUGCAGGCGAAGGCGGAGACAAACAUCGAGAAGAAGCAUGUCUAUGUGACCAUUGGCCAAACCGCCGAGAUGUCGUUGAAGAAGGAUGUGCUGGAAUGGGUGGUGUCCGGCGACAUCAAGAUCCAGGACUUCUUCUACCCCCUCGGCUCCGUGGCGUCCUCCUCGAAGGAAGCAGCGGCGAUGACGUGGGAGUUCUACAAGGCCAACUUUGACAAGAUUUGGAGUAUGUGCAAAACGGCCAGCCCUUCGCUGAUGGACGCCAUGAUCACCUUAUCGGCCCGGAGCUUCUGCACCUCCGAAGCGGCUGCCGAAGUGGAGAAGUUCUAUGAAGAGCAUCCGCUCAAGCAGAACCAGCGCACGAUCAAGCAAACGCUGGAAGGCAUGAAGACCAAUGCCGCAUUUUUGGAACGAAUUUUGAAGACCCCAGUGGUCCAGGAGUCCUUCUGGCAGGGCCUUUGA